AUGUUGUGCAACCUGGACCUACUCUUCUACGCCGCCGCCCAUAGCUCUUCCAGACAUCUCGCGGAGAUCGCCACCGUCCAUGCCCGGACCAUGAUACGCACCCAUCUGCGUCCAGAGCCGCAUCUCUCUCAAUCCACGUUCGGAAGAUAUCAAGGCCAGCUAUACUCAACCAACCACGUCACAUGUAUCGACCCGAAGACGGGAGACAUCAAACGUCGUCUGACGGCGCAGGGGUACGGAGACGGUUCUACCUGGGCUCGUGGUCAGGCCUGGGCAAUACUAGGGUAUGCACAGACCUACAUGUGGACUGGGGACAAGGAGUUCCUGGACGUGGCGUGCGGCACGGCAGAGUAUUUUCUGCAUCGGUUGGAGACGCACCCUGUUGUGUGGGGACUUGGAGGUGGAAAGAUGCACUACACUUCCCCACCAUGGGACUUUGAUGCUCCGAUGGAGGAGAAUGAGGGCCAGGGAGUUGUGCGGGAUUCCAGCGCGGCAGCGAUCGCGGCGAAUGGGUUGCUCGUGCUGACACAGGCGCUGAUUGCGAAGAGACAUCGCUUGCAACGAGAUUUUUUGAUGCGGCAGUGCAGUUGA